AUGACGCCCGUGACGCCGCAUUCUGCUGGCCCGCCGCCACCACCGCCGCCGCCGCCGCCGUCCCACUCCCAGUCGUACGGCGAAGAUAGACGGCAUAUGAGUUACGACAGCGGUCCGCAGCCCAUGUACAGUCGGCAAUCGAGCUAUCAACCUCCGACCCCGCUGCCGCAAGCUCAGCCGUACGAGUACCCGCCGCAGUAUGCCUCGCAUGGCGAACUCCCCUACCCGAUUCAAGUGGCGGCCGCCUCGGGAAAGCGCAAGGCGCAACGAGCAUCACAGGCUUGUGAUAUGUGCCGGCAGUUGAAGGCGAAGUGCGACGAGCUAAAACCGUGCAAGAGCUGCAAGGAGAAGAAAGUCGAGUGCAAGUAUCGGGAGGCGGUUCCGAAACAGCAAGACAAGAUUGCGGCCGAUAUACUAGAUGCGCUCCUGCUGCUGCGGGACAGGUUUGACGUGUUUGAGCAGCGCAUGGACAGGCUUGAGCGCCAAAUGGUGGGCAAACGAGCGUCGACUGACUCUCGGGCCGAGCCGGCGCAGGAGGAGGAUGAACGACCCGACUCGGCCGCCUCGGCAGCCUCGGCACCGCCCACUGCCGAAGAUGCGAGUUUGUCGUCGGCCGGAGACGGCGCGGCGCCCAGGCCGGACAUGAACACCGAGGAGGCGAUCACGAUCACGCGCGAUAUGAUGGAGGAGAAGGAGGUCGAGCCGGGUCCCAUUGUGCCGCCUGGCGUCCCCUCUAUCCCGCAUAACCACACCACGCUGGCCGCCUUUCUGCUCAAAUGGCCGCCCAUCUCGGUCCUUGUCCGGGGCAUUCUGGAGGCGGAAAACGUCAAGUAUGUGGACGAGUUCCCGAUCCGGAACGAAGAGAGACGGGGGCUCCUCCGGAUCUGGGGGCGCGGCGAGGGUCUGGAGAGCAGUAUUCGGGUCGACAAGGCCGAUCGGGAGGCUCUCCGCGACGCCGGCGCCAUGGAGGUGGUGCAUGACGACGUGUCGGAUGCCGGCGGUGCGCCCUCGCCAGCCGAUGCCUGGGGCGGUAUCAGCGGCUCUCCCGGCCCGAUCGACGGCAAGCCCGUCGUUGCCCUGCAGACGCUCGACUUCAACGAGACGCUCGUGUGGAAGUACGUCCAGAGCUACCAGGACAACAUCCAGAACAUGCACCCCCUCAUUAUCCCCGUCGAGCUGAAGGCAAUGGUCAAGGUGUUUCUGAGCAGCGUGCAGCAGAGCAUGAACAGACAGCCCCGGACGGGCGGCGGUAUCGCCAAGUUCGUCGUGAACACGCCAUCAUCGCAGCCCGAGACGACAGGAUCCAAGAGGAAGCGGUCUCCGGUUCCCGAUGGCGCCGAGUCGCCGUCGGGCUCGCCCAAGUCAGCCAAGCCCGUCUUCCAGAGAUCCAUCAACAACGCGCUCGUCUUGUUGGUGCUUGCACUGGGAAAGAUUUGCCUGCACAAGGACAGGAUCCCCGACGUGGUGCCUGUCAGCGAGCCCGUACACAGCUCGCCGGCAGUACGGAACGGCUACCCGGCUUCCCCCACGCAGGCCUCGUCGCCCUCGCACUCCUCACAACCCUCCCCCAAGGAAGGCUCCGAGCGGCCGCCGGGACCCAGCCGGCGCUCUUCGUUUCAAGGAGCGGGGGGGCCAUCUGCCAAGGGAGGGACAUCCCUGAAGAGGAAUCUGGAUGUGAUACCAGGGUUGGACUAUUUCGCUUAUGCCACCGAUAUCCUUGGGGGACAGCUAGCCGGAACCAGCCUGCGGCAUAUCUAUGCUUAUCUCCUGGCCGGGCUUUACCAUGGCCAGCUCGGGAGAGUAUUGGAAAGCUAUGCUUACAUCAAGGAGGCCGGGUUUGCGCUGCAGAUCAAGAUGAGACCGAGCCUGGAUCGAUUCAGGAAGUUGCAGGCAGCUAUGCACAUUGAUCAGAACGCGGUGACAGAGAAGACCGACAACCAGCUCGUCUUCGCCUUCUGGACGGCUCUGCAGUUGGAGAGUGACAUUAUCGCCGAGUUGCCACUCCCGCAGUCGCACAUCCUGGCGUAUGAGGACAUGAUGCCGUAUCCCAACAUCAACCUGGCUCGACAGCUGGGCUUUGACGAGCAUGUGCUGCAGAGUUAUCUUGCGCAGCUGUACCUGCGCAAGAGCCUGAACCAGAUCCACGGAAUGCUCUACGACCCCCAGAAACCGCUUUCGCUGCGGGGGCCCAACAUCAUCGAGUACAUUCAGAAUUCGCUCGAUAUGCGCUUCGUGCCGCCCCAGUUCAAGUUCGACCCGCUCAACGAUCCGCCGGCCGGCGACAUCUUAUCUGCCCGUCUGCGCGCCAAGUACUGGGGCGCCCAAGUGAUCACGUAUCGGCCUUUCAUUCGCGAAAUCCUCGACAUCAACUUCAGGAAAGCCGCGGCGAACAAUCCUGAACUCCGUUCCGCGCUCCCGGGGCCCCUUGCUGGUCCCGACGGAAGCCCCGACGAUGAGAUAACUCCGCAGAUGAUCGAGUAUGCCCACAAGGGUGUCCGGGCGUUGAUCGAGAGUACACGGGCAUUCCACGGGCUCAAGGAGAAGCGGUUCAUCAUUACCAAUGUUUUUGGAACUGCUCAUGCGCAAUGGGGAAAUCUCCUCACACUCUCGGCCGUGUUCAGGGAUGCCACUCUCGCUCGGUUUGUCGACGAACAUAUCCUCCGGGAGCUGUUCAGCCGGACGAUUGCCUUCUUCAGGGUCAUCUCGUACCCCACGAGCGCCCUCAACGUCGACUUGCGCAUACUGGAAGCCCUGGAGCGCGAGCUCUGGGGCGGCAGACCGAACCACCACGUCGAGGCGAUGGACCAUCCAACCGGGUCGAGCUUCUCUACUAACUCAGCGGGAGCCGGCGGCCCCCCGCUCCAGCCCCCGCCCGCGCCCGCGCCAUCGCCCAUCGCCACCUCGAUGCCGAUAGCGCCGCCGAUGCCGCCUGUCUCGGCACCGACGGGCCUGCACUCCCCCGUCCACCACAUGAGCAAUGGGAUGAUGAGCAUGUCUCCACCCUUGCCGUCGCCGCUACCGACGACAAUGCCUGGCGUGGCUACGGGGCCUCCAGUGUUUGUGCCUGGGCCUGAGGGCCCAAUGCAUGGGACCCAUCCCUCCAUGUUCCCUCCGAUGCACCAUCACCCACCACCAUCAAUGUAA